AUGGAUGGACCUAGAGGCACUGCAGCAGAAGUUGGAAUAAUUGAGAGUAUUCAGCUAAGAAAUUUCAUGUGUCAUUCCAUGCUUGGACCCUAAUUUGGUUCUAAUGUCAACUUUGUCGUUGGCAACAAUGGAAGUGGGAAGAGUGCAGUACUCACAGCUCUCAUAGUUGGUCUUGGUGGAAAAGCAGUUGCUACUAAUAGAGGAUCGUCUCUAAAAGGUUUUGUGAAAGAUGGCCAAAACUCAGCAGAUAUCUCAAUAACAUUGAGGAACAGGGGUGAUGAUGCCUAUCGAGCAAAUGUGUAUGGUGACUCCAUAAUUGUGCAACAACACAUCAGCAUGGAUGGAAGUCGAUCUUACAAACUAAAAAGUCAAACAGGCACCGUGGUUUCUACUAGGAAAGAAGAACUGAUUGCAAUUCUUGAUCAUUUUAACAUACAGGUGGAUAAUCCAGUUUCUGUUUUAACACAAGAGAUGAGCAAACAGUUUUUGCAGUCUAAAAAUGAGGGCGACAAAUACAAAUUCUUCAUGAAAGCAACUCAACUUGAACAAAUGAAGGAAGACUAUUCAUACAUUAUGGAAACAAAAGAAAGAACAAAAGAGCAGAUAAAUCAAGGAGAAGAGCGACUUACUGAACUCAAGCGCCAGUGUUUGGAGAAAGAAGAACGGUUUCAGAGUAUUGCUGGUUUAAGUACAAUGAAGACUAAUUUGGAAUACCUGAAGCAUGAAAUGGCUUGGGCAGUGGUAAAUGAAAUUGAAAAGCAAUUGAAUGCUAUCAGAGAUAAUAUCAAAAUUGGAGAAGAACGAGCUGCUAGGCUUGACCGGAAAAUGGAAGAACAGCAGGUCCGACUUAAUGAAGCAGAAAAAAAGUAUAAGGACAUUCAGGAUAAACUGGAAAAAAUUAGUGAAGAGACGAAUGCACGCGCACCGGAGUGUAUGGCACUUAAAGCAGAUGUGACUGCUAAGAAAAGGACCUAUAACGAAGCUGAGGUUAUAUAUAACCGUUCCCUGAAUGAGUAUAGAGCUUUAAAGAAAGAUGAUGAACAGCUUUGCAAAAGAAUUGAAGAACUUAAAAAAAGUACUGAUCAAUCUUUGGAACCUGAACGACUGGAAAGGCAAAAAAAAAUAUCUUGGUUAAAAGAGAGAGUAAAGGCCUUACACGAUCAAGAAUGCUCAGUCAAUCAAGAGAUCGAACAGUUUCAGCAAGCCAUAGAAAAGGACAAGGAAGAGCAUACCAGAAUUAAGAGAGAAGAAUUAGAUGUGAAGCAAACCCUGAGCUAUCAUCAGAGGCAGCUGAAGGAACUGAAAGACAGUAAAAGUGAUCGCCUUAAAAGAUUUGGUCCUAAUGUUCCAGCUCUUCUUGAAGCAAUAGAUAAUGCUUACAGACGUGGGCGUUUUACCCAUAAACCUGUAGGCCCUCUAGGAGCUUGCAUUCAUCUUCGGGAUCCUGAGCUUGCUUUGGCCAUUGAAUCUUGCUUAAAAGGACUUCUGCAAGCCUACUGGUGCCAUAAUCAUGCUGAUGAGUGGGUACUUCAGGAACUGAUGAAAAGGUUUUACUCACCAGGGACCUCAAGGCCACAGAUAAUAGUUUCUGAGUUUCGGAAUGAGAUCUAUGAUGUGAGACACAGAGCUGCUUAUCACCCGGACUUUCCAACGGUUCUCACAGCUUUAGACAUAGAUAAUGCAGUUGUUGCAAAUAGCCUAAUUGACAUGCGAGGCAUAGAAACAGUGCUCCUAAUCAAAAAUAAUUCUGUCGCUCGUACAGUAAUGCAGUCCCAAAGGCCACCCAGAAAUUGUAGAGAAGCUUUUACUGCUGAUGGUGAUCAGGUAUUUGCAGGACGUUAUUACUCAUCGGAAAAUACAAGACCUAAAUUCCUAAGCAGAGAUGUGGAUUCUGAAAUAAGUGAAUUGGAGAAUGAGGUUGAAAAUAAGAAAGCCCAGAUAGUAAAUCUUCAACAGCAUUUGUCUGCCCUUGAAAAGGAUAUUAAACGCAAUGAAGACUUUCUUAAGAGGUGCCAACUACAUUAUAAAGAGUUAAAGAUGAAAAUAAGAAAAAGUAUUUCUGAAAUUCGGGAACUUGAGAACAUAGAAGAACACCAGUCUGUGGAUAUUGCAACCUUGGAAGAUGAAGCGCAAGAAAAUAAAAUCAAAAUGAAAAUGGUUGAGAGAAAUAUGGAACAACAAAAAGAAAAUAUGGAACAUCUUAAAAGUUUGAAAGUAGAAGCAGAAAACAGAUAUGAUGCAAUUAAGCUGAAAAUUAAUCAGCUUUCAGAGCAAGCAGAUCCACUGAAGGAUGAAUUAAAUCUUGCUGAUUCUGAAGUGGAUAACCAAAAACGAGGGAAGCGGCAUUAUGAAGAAAAACAAAAAGAACAUUUGGACACUUUAAAUAAAAAGAAACGAGAACUGGAUAUGAAAGAAAAAGAACUAGAGGAGAAAAUGUCACAAGCAAGACAAAUCUGCCCAGAGCGGAUAGAAGUAAAAAAAUCUGCAUCAAUUCUAGAUAAAGAAAUUAAUAGAUUGAGACAAAAGAUACAGGCAGAACAUGCUAGUCAUGGAGAUCGAGAGGAAAUAAUGAGGCAGUACCAAGAAGCAAGAGAAACCUAUCUUGAUCUGGAUAACAAAGUAAGGACUUUGAAAAGGUUUAUUAAAUUACUGGAAGAAAUAAUGACCCAUAGAUACAAGACAUACCAACAGUUUAGAAGGUGUUUAACUUUACGAUGCAAAUUAUAUUUUGACAACUUACUGUCUCAGCGUGCCUAUUGUGGAAAAAUGAAUUUUGACCACAAGAAUGAAACUCUGACUAUAUCAGUCCAGCCUGGAGAGGGAAACAAAGCCGCCUUCAAUGACAUGAGGGCCCUCUCUGGAGGCGAGCGUUCCUUCUCCACGGUCUGCUUCAUUCUCUCUCUCUGGUCGAUUGCUGAAUCUCCCUUCAGAUGCCUGGAUGAGUUUGAUGUCUACAUGGACAUGGUUAACCGGAGAAUAGCGAUGGACAUGAUACUCAAGAUGGCAGAUUCCCAGCGCUUUAGACAAUUUAUCUUGCUUACCCCUCAGAGCAUGAGCUCGCUUCCAUCAAGUAAACUGAUUAGAAUUCUUCGAAUGUCUGAUCCUGAAAGGGGACAAACCACAUUGCCUUUCCGGCCUGUGACUCAAGAGGAAGAAGACAACCGGAGCUGAUUUUUAACAACAUGCCAUGUCCUCCUGUUGAAAGAUUUGUAAAGGGAAAAUAUUCAGGACUAUUUCUUGAAAUAAAAUGAAGCUGAAGAUAUUCUAAAAUAAAAAAACUCAUUUAUAUAUCUUACCCUAGUAUACAAUAUGUAAAUAAGCCUAGAAAACCAACUACAACCAGCAAUUUAAAGUUACUAUUACUUUACUUUGAGAAAAUCAGUUUCAUAGUACUGGUUUUAAAUCUUUUUAAGUUUGUUUUUUUUUUAACCAUCUACUUUUAUAGAUUGUUUUUCAGAAGUAAAAUUUUGUACAUAUGCACAUGUACAUACUGUUUAGUUUGGGUUCAUUUCUAUAGUGUUUUGUAAGAAUUAAAAUAAAAGUCUGAGCUCCUGA